UUCAACUCUGCGAGCUUUUUGGAAGUUCUUAGCCUCGUCGUUUUUCUUCAUUAAAAAUCUUUGUUCUGGCUUUAGAAAUUGUUGUCUUCAUAUGAAAACCAUCUAAUGAUGAUAUAUUAUUUGUCUUCAGAAAGUCUUCAAUUUCUUUCUUACCUGUAAAAAACAAAGAGGAGUGAAUGAUUAUAUUUUUAAACAUAAAUAGGCAUGAAGUCAUCAUUUUAAACAUUAAUAUUUUAAUCAAUCUCAAUGUAAUAAUCCUAAAUUAGGUAACAAAUUCCCCAACCAACUUCACUGAAGGGAACUAUAGCUUUUUUCUCCAUCUGUCUGUCUGUCUCGGCCUUGGGCAACAUUUUGCGAGCCGGUCCGACAGAUCAACUGUUGCCCUCGACCCCAGUCAACAACUAUAUAAUAUUGUCUAUAUUUAAGGAAUAAAGAAUCAUAUUUUGGGUAUUUUGAGGUGAUAAAUUUGGUCGGGUGUUAUCAAAUCCAUUACUUUAUUUUAACUUCACCAUUUACUUGAAUGGAAAUAUAUGCAUAAAGGAGAAGUUUUCCACCUCAAACAUUAUCUGACAUUUCAACUGAACUAACUUGUAAACAAUGAAGAAAAAUAUGCACUUUUUUUUUUUUUAGCUUAUUUAGCUAUUCAAUCAUACUUUUUUUUUAAAUGGGCAUUUGUACAAAAUGUAACAUUCAGGUGCAACACUAUUUUUUUUACUUUGUACUGAUCUGAAAACAAUUCAUGAAAAAAUCACUAUUGAAAAUAUUGCUAUUUUGUGCAAAUGCAGUCAAAUUUCUUAAUGUUUUGGGGCUAUGUAAAUGUUUAUGUGUUACAAAACAGUUACUUUUUUAAUGGAAUUACAAAGAAGAACAGUUCUGUUUACCUUGAUAAAUGGUUGGUAAUUAUUAUUAAGCACAAUUUGAAUUGAGUAACCACACUUAUCCAUGCCUCGAAUAUUGCACACAAGGUGUCAUACAGUAAUUCAAAUAAUAGAAAUGCCUGUUGGGUUUUUUUUUGUAAAAAAUGCAACGUGAAUGUAGGUAUUUCAAGCUACAUAGCUAAAUCAAAUGAUUGUACUGGAUGAUAAUAAAUUAAACAAAAAAUCAAAGUUUAUUUGGUAGGAACUAAUGGUUUGAAGUUAGAUUAAUGAAACAUGGAUAUAUAAACCAGAUUAUAAUAAUGGCGUUUGUUGUUUGAAAACGAGGGAGUAAAACACUUCAACAGUAGGCUACAUACGUGUUCCAGUGGGGAGGAUUAUUCCAUAGUUUCCUCGUACAUCCUCCACUUGUUGGAUUGUUAGAUGUUUGUCGGCCCUCUGCUUUUCUGACCGCUUUUGAUUUUUAAUCGUGUGUUUAAACUUUCAUUCGCAGACGAUUCUUCUCUCGGAUGCUUUUUAUAUGAUUUUGACAAAUGUUAAAUGAAUUUGUUUUCCAUAAAAUAAACCCGACUCUGUUAAAGUAAUUGCAGAUAAAGUGGAUGGCAAUGAAUCAAUAGCACAAAAACUCUCUGAUUCAGAACAAACUUCUGAAGAAUAAAACAGAUGAAUUCUGCAAGAGUUCUUUUCAUCCAUUUGUAAACAAAUGAAGGCCGUCCUAACCUCUUACAAUGAAGGGUGUCAUAAAGAACCGUAACUCUGUAAUGGUUUAUGUGAUAUUUUAUCAUGAAAUCAUGUAAAAUUAUUCAAUUAUUUUUGGUUUCUCCAUACAUUUGAUUUUGUCUUAUUUUUCAGUUGAUAUCAAUAUUUUUUUUCAGUGUGUAAGUUUACACUAAAUGAGUGGGCAAUUUUUUUUUUAUCCUAAAUGAAGCAUAAUAAAAUAAAAGCUGUGGCAUAAAAUAAGUAAUUAAAAGUACGAACAGUUUCUGACGAGUUUCCUCAGAGUAUUAUCAUGUUAUGAUUAAUAUUAAUUUUAUACAUCACGGAAAAGAAAGCAAAAGCAAGAGACAGACAGCGAAUGAACUGAAAUAUAAAGAAAUGAUGGCCUUUGCAGGUAUUAGUAAUCCAACAGAUGAAGACACAUUGAGUUCUUCACCCUCUAAACUGAACAAAGGAUCACCAAGACGCAUAUCAACAGCUGUUGAUAAGUCAUCACCAUCGAGAGGGCACAGACUAUCGGCGAACCCCUCAAAAAACAGAUCCUUCAAAAAUCACCUGGGCGCAUGUCAGCUUCCCCUGUUGAAACAUCCUUACCAUCAAGAGGGCACAGACCAUCAGCGAACCCCAAAAAACAGAUCCUUCAAAAGUCACCUGGGCGCAUGUCAUCUUCCCCUGUUGAAACAUCCUUACCAUCAAGAGGGCACAGACCAUCGGUGACCCCCAAAAGACAGAUCCUUGAAAAAUCACGGUUGCCAUCUUCACCUUGUAUUGAAACCUCAUGUGCAGUACCACUAGCAACAACCUUGACCAGGGAACAGGACAUCAAAAAACAACAAAAAACCAGAACAUCAACAACAAGAAAAUUGGCACAUAGUCCUGGACCAGUGACAAAUUUAUUCCACAUAAUUGGAAGUAGUUUUGAUGUUCUGAAUAAUGAGAAUAACCAGUUUCCUCAGUAUCAAGAUGUGUCGUUUCAACCUGAUGAAGUGGUUGGUGAAUUUGGGUACAACAACACAUCAACAUGCUCAACAUCCAGCUUCCCAGUUCAACCUCUCAUAGGUAAGAUAGUAAUUACCGUGACUGUUGGAUCAAAGAAAAUUUAAGGACAGGUGCAUAUUUUGUCAAAUCAAUAUUAAAUCAUACCUUAAUCACAUUAGUCAACAGAUUACUACCAGGUGUUACCUUAUGAAGCACAAACGCAGAUUUUGUCCCUCUGUCUUGUGCUGACUAGCACUCUACACCAA